UGGACAAUUUGAGAUUUUAUUCGCUACAAGCCCUUUAUGCCGAAUGAACAACUGGAUGGACCACUUUGCUAGGGAUGCUCGACAGCAUCUCGUUUCCCUUGGCGACAACUGUGGUGAGGGCCCCCUUGGCAUUUUCAAACUGGGGAAUUGGCAUAUGUGAAUCAAAGUCAAUCCUUUGAUUCUAAUAUUCUCCCCGACUCCCAGCGUUGAGACGUGAGAGAAUGUUCUCUUUUUUCUCAAUCUAAGAUCAGAGCAUAUCUACCAAACAAAAUCGAAACAUCUCUACGAAGAAACUCCAAUGGCUGAAUCCAACAAAUCUCCAAUGGCUGAAUCCAAAUCAGACCCAUCAAACACCAUCCCAGAUAAAGAUGUAAAAGCACCUAACAUACUCCAAAGAACAAAGGAAGAGAUUGAAGCAAUUAUGCACAAUAAGAAAUCACAUCACCAUCAUAAGGAAAGUCAUGGAAUCCGCGACGACAUUGACAAGGAUACACCAAUCAAUGAUGUCAAAGCUCCCAAUGUUUUUGAAAGAGUACAGGAAGAGAUGGAGGCUAUUGUUCAAAGUAUUCACCCAAAGAAAGAAGCUAAGAGUCAUAAUUCUCCUUCGCAUGAAACAGAAAAAAGGGCUGGAACAAUAAAGGCAGAAUCAAAACCAGACAAACCAAAUUUUGAACCUCACUCACCUGAACAGGAUGUGAAGGCACCCAAUCUGAUAGAAAGAGCGAAGGAAGAACUUGAAGCAAUUAUGCACAAGCAGAAAUCACCAAAGCACCAUCACAAAGAAACUCAUGGAAAGAGCGAUGACAUAAACGAAAACACUCCAAUAAGUGAAAUUAAAGGUCCAAAUGUGUUUGAGAGAGCAAAAGAAGAAGUGGAGGCCCUUGUUCAAACCAUUCAUCCCAAGAAAGAUUCCCACAAUGUUGCUUCCUCACCAAAGAAGGAUGGAUUCCGGGCGUCCAUUCGAAAAGGGUUGGAAAAAGUAUGCUCUCCUCGGGGACACAAGAGAGAAUGAUGGUAACCUAUUUUUCAGUGCGGAUUGAUUUUCCUCAUUAUCUUUGUAAGAAUGAAACUUGACGGGUCGAAUCUAAUAUGAUGAUUCAAGAGAUGUAAAGUACUUGUUUUUCCGUUCAUUGCUGGCUUUCUUUGUUCGUGUAUAUAACCAAAAAGAUUCUAGUUUUUUGUUGUGAACGCGUGUAUCAAUAAGAAAAUUGAGAUGUCUUGCAGUA